GCCAGGGAGAGGGAAGCUGAUCUGAGGACGUCUCUGUGAGUGAACAAGCAGCCUCCCACCCAGGUACAGUUGGGCCCCUGUGACUGUCACCAACCCCUGAACCUUCCUGAGAAGCACCUUCCCCAGGAUGGACUUGGGCUCCCGGUGUCGGCCCCACCUAUGCCUAAACCUGCUACUGCUCCUGGCGCUGCCAUUUGGGGGUCAGGCCAGCACAAGCUGCUAUGGAGUCCCUGGGAUGCCAGGACUUCCGGGGGCACCAGGGAAGGAUGGGCACGAUGGACUUCAGGGACCCAAGGGUGAGCCAGGACUCCCUGCUAUUCCUGGAACUCGAGGACCCAAGGGGCAGAAGGGAGAACCCGGCAAGCCUGGCCAUCCUGGGAAAAAUGGCCCCACGGGGUCCGCAGGAAUACAGGGAGAUCCUGGAAUCCCAGGACCACCCGGAGCACCUGGUGAAGAGGGCAGAUACAAACAGAAGCACCAGUCAGUGUUCACCGUCAUCCGGGAGACCAGCCAAUUUCCGGUGCCCAGCACCCCAAUCAGGUUCAACACGGUGAUUACCAACCCACAGGGCGACUAUGACACAAGCACGGGCAAGUUCACCUGCAAAGUACCUGGACUCUACUACUUUGUCCACCACACGUCACACACGGCCAACCUGUGCGUGCAGCUGUACCGCAACAAUGUCCAGGUGACCUCCUUCUGUGACCACAUGACCAACAGCAAGCAGGUCAGCUCCGGCGGUGUGCUGCUGCGGCUGCAGAGAGGAGAGGAGGUGUGGCUGGUGGCCAACGAUUACAAUGGCAUGGUGGGCACCGCUGGCUCCGACAGCGUCUUCUCCGGCUUCCUGCUCUUCCCAGACUAGUGCAGCUGGGUCUGCUCCAGCCUCCAGGCCACCCCCACUUCCCUACCUUCUUUCCUUCUCGGUACCAGCCUACCACAUGUGGGCCAGUCUCAGCAUCUUGUGCCCAACCUGAUGGACAUGUCCUUCAGGCAGCCUGUUCAGACUUCCCACCCCCACCUGUUCUAUUCUUCCUUCUUGGCUAUCUCUAUUCUGACACAUCACCAAAACCUUUCAAUGCUGCCAUGGCUUCUGCCCAGUCUCAGGAGAGGCCAGGAAAUGUAUAAAUAAAGAGUUAUAUCAAUAAA